AUGCUCCUCCUAAUGAUGACAAUAUUUGCAAGUAUUGCAACGAUUACCGCAAUAUUAAUUGUUUGUUUUACAUCACCAAAAUCAAGUAAUAAUUGUGAAAUGGUAUUUAGACAAACAAUAACAAGUUCACUUGUAUAUGAUUCAUUACCACGUUUUGGUACUGCUGCUGAUCUUAAUAAUGAUAAUAGAAUGGAUAUUAUUGUAGCGAAUUCAGGUGCAAAUAAUAUUGGAAUAUUUAUUUCAAAUCUUGAUGGAACUUAUCAAGAUCAACAAACAUAUUCAACUGGAGAUAAAUCUCGUCCUUAUUCACUUGCUACUAAUUAUUUCAAUAAUGAUAAUUAUCUUGAUAUCGUUGUUGCUAAUUAUGAUGCACAUAAUAUAGGUAUUUUUUUCGGUUAUGGUAAUGGAACAUUCAAAAAUCAAAGUAUUUUUUCAACCGGUUCUGCUCAUCCAUUAUUUAUUGCAGCUGCUGAUUUAAACAAUGAUAAUCAAUCCGAUUUAGUUAUUAUCCAUUAUGGUACUAAUAGUAUUGGUAUUUAUCUUGGAAAGGGUAAUGGAAGUUUUCAAGAUGGAAUCAUUUACUCUACUGGUUAUGAUUCAAUUCCAAAUUCAUUAGCAAUUGCUGAUAUCAAUAAAGACAAUCAUUUAGAUAUCGUUGUUGCUAAUUUUGGUACCAACAAUAUCGGUUUAUUUUUUGCUUAUGGUAAUGGAACAUUUAAAAAUCAAAUAAUAUAUACAACUACUCGAAAUUCAAAUCCGAUUUCUAUUGCUACGGGAGAUGUUAAUAAUGAUAAUGAAAUUGAUAUUAUUGUUGCUAAUUCUGGACUUGGUAAUAUAGGUGUAUUUAUUAAUUAUGGUAAUGAAACUUUUACAGAACAAACAACAUAUUUAAUUGAUUCAAAUGCUCAUCUACAAUUUAUAAAUGUUGGAUUCUUGAAUGAUGAUAAUUAUCUGGAUGUUAUUGUUGCUAAUUCAAAAGAUGAUCAAAUAUAUGUUCUUCCUGGUUCGAGUAAUGGAAGUUUUACUAAAUUAACUACAUAUGAUUCGAUAACUACAAAUGAUAUAAUAACUAAUUCUACUCCUUUUUCAAUUAUUGUUGCUGAUUUUGAUGGUAACAACCGAGCUGAUAUAGCUAUUACUGAUUAUGGUACUAAUGAUAUACUUAUACUCAAUAGUUAUUCUGAUAUAUUAGCUGUUAGAGAAACACUUCUUAUUAUUGGACUUAAUUCUCUUCCAACUAUGCCUCUCGUCCAUGACUUUAAUAAUGAUGGAAUAUUAGAUAUAGCUGUUAAUAAUUUCAAUAAUAAUUAUAUACUUAUUUUUCUUGGUACUGGCAAUGCAAAUUUUAUUCGAGGACCAACAUAUGGAACUGGUGAUAAAUCUACUCCACAAUUUUUUUCUAUUGGUGAUGUAAACAAUGAUAAUCAAGUAGAUAUAGUCAUAGCUAAUUCAGGAACUAAUGGCAUAGGUGUUCUUCUUGGACAAAAAGAUGGAAGUUUUUCAACUGCAAUAACUUAUUCUACUGGUAUUAAUUCAGCACCAUUAUUUAGUACUCUUUAUGAUCUUAAUAAUGAUAAUCAAUUAGAUAUUGUCUCGGCUAAUUAUGGUAUUGGUAGUAUAGGUGUUUUUCUUGGAUCUGGUAAUGGAAUUUUUGCUAAUGUAACAACAUACUCUACUGGUACUGGUUCCUUACCAUAUACAGUUGCUAUUAGUGACCUCAACAAUGAUACUUAUCCAGAUAUUGUUGUUAGUAAUUCACUUCCUAAUCGUAUAGGUAUUUUUCUUGCUUAUGGUAAUGGAAGUUUUGGAAAGAUAACAACUUAUGCAACUGGUGCUUUUAAUGCAAUUUGUGUAACGGUUGUACUUGUUGAUCUGAAUAAAGAUACGAAGUUGGAUAUUGUUGCUACUAUUCCAUUAGGUGGAAUAAUAGUUGGUUUACUUGGAAAUGGUGAUGGAAGUUUUCAAUCACCAAUAACUUAUUCAAAUCAACCUGCCACUUUACCCUUUUGUAUCACUUUAGUUGAUUAUAAUAAUGAUAAUUAUUAUGAUAUGUUAGUUGCAAACUAUGGUACAAACGAAAUACUUAUCUUUUUAGGAUAUGGUAAUGGUAGUCUUAUCUAUACAAGAAAAUAUUCAACUGGUUCAAAUACAAUUCCAUAUGGUCUUACUGUUGCAGAUUUGAAUGAUGAUAAACAUUUAGAAAUUAUUGUUGCACUUCGAGGUACUGGAAGUGUUGGUAUUUUAACUGAAUAUUAUGCUGCAGAGUUUACUAAUCACACAACUCAUUCAACUGGCACUGCUUCACAUCCUAAAUCUAUUGCUGUUGGUGAUUUCAAUAAUGAUAACAAAACAGAUGUUGUCGUUGCUAAUUCGGCUACUAAUAGUUUAGGUAUAUUUUUGGGUCUGAAUAAUGGAACAUUUAAUGAACAAAUUAUUUAUUCACUUACAAAUGAUUCUAAUCCACAAUAUGUAAUUACUGAUGAUAUUAAUAAAGAUGGAAAUCUUGAUAUAAUUACUGUUAGUUCUGGUAGUAAUACAAUGAGUAUAAUUAUGGGAUAUGGCAAUGGAACAUUUACGGAUCAAAUCAUAUAUCCAACUGGAACUGGUUCGUAUCCAAAUGCAAUAGUUAUGAGUGAUCUUAAUAAUAAUAAUCGACGUGAUUUUGUCGUUGCAAAUAGAGGAUCAGAUAGUAUUGGUAUAUUUUUUGGAUUUGAAUAUGUAUAUUUUCAAGAUCCACAGAUUUAUCCUAUUCUGAAUGCUCAGAAUCCAUAUGCAAUUGUUGUUAGUAAUUUCAAUAAUGACAAUUAUCUUGAUAUUGCUGUAGCGUCUAUUAAUAGUAACAAUUUAGCUAUUCUUUUAGGACAAAAAAAUGGAACAUUUACUCUUAUAGCAACAUAUAUAACAGGAAAUAAGUCAAAUCCAACUAUGUUAUCUGUUCGUGAUUUAAAUAAUGAUAAUCAAAUGGAUAUUAUUGUGGCAAAUCCUGGAAACGAUAAUAUUGGUGUUUAUUAUGGAUAUGGGAAUGGAAGUUUUGCUAAUAUGAUUGCAUAUCCUACAGGCAUUAAUUCUAAUCCACGUGUUAUGGCUUUUGAUGACUUCAAUAAUGAUAAUUUAACAGACAUGGUUUCAGUUAAUGCUAUAACAAAUAGUAUAGGUAUUCUUCUAAGACAAAAUGAUGGAAGUUUUCUUCUUACAAAUACAUUUUCAACUGGAGUUCCUUCGAGACCACAAGGAGUGACUAUUGAUGAUUUUAAUAAUGAUGGACAAUUAGAUAUUGUUGUUUGUAAUUCUCAGAGUAGUACUAUAGGUAUUUUUCUUGGGUAUGGUAACGGAAGCUUUCAAAAUCAAGUCACUUAUUCAACAGGUACUCAAGCUAAUCCAGAGUGGUUAGCUUCAGGUGAUUUAAAUAAUGACAAUCGAUCUGAUAUUGCUGUUGCUAAUUAUAUUGCUAAUACAAUAGGGAUCUUUCUUGGACAAGGAAAUGGAAGUUUUGCUAUUAUGAUAGCAUAUUCAUCUGGAGAUGGUUCUGGUCCAAUUUAUCUAACUAUUAUUGAUAUUAAUAAUGAUAAUGUACCAGAUAUAGUUGUUGCUAAUUUUGUAUCAAACUAUAUUGUUGUACUUUACGGAUUAGGAGAUGGUACUUUUUUAUUAGGUAAACCAUAUUCAACUGGGACACUAUCUUCACCACAAUCAUUAGCUAUUGUUGAUAUGAAUAAGGAUGGACAAUUAGAUAUUAUUUCUGCCAAUGUUCAAUCAAACACUAUUAGUAUUCUUUAUGCAUUUGGCUAUGAAAAUUUUGGAAGUCCAACUAAAUAUCUUACAGGUGAUGGAUCUCAACCAAACUCCGUUGUUGUUACUGAUAUAAACAAUGAUGGUUCAUUAGAUAUUCUUGUAGCUAAUUAUGGAACUGAUAACAUAGGUAUUUUUCUUGGAUAUAAUAAUGGAAAAUUUAAUACUAUGAUAAUAUAUUCACUUGAAGUUGGUUCUAAACCAUUUUUUAUUAAUGUUGGUCAUUUUGAUAACGAUAAUAUAUCAGAUAUUGUUGUUAGCAAUUCAGAAACUGAUAAUAUUGCUAUUCUUUCUCAUUAUAAUAAUGGAACAUUUACAAGUAUAACGACAUAUUCUACUGGAACUCGUUCUCAACCAUAUACUAUUGCGAUUGGCGAUUUAAAUAAUGAUAAUCAACUAGAUCUUGCUAUUACUAAUUCUGGUACAAGCAAUAUACUUCUACUUUUUGGAUGUGGCAAUGGAAGUUUUACAAAUGCAAUAUCAUAUCCUUUAGGUUAUAAUUAUCUUCCUUAUUCACUUGCUAUUACUAAUUUAAAUCAAGACAAAUGGAUGGAUAUUGUUAUAGCAAGUUAUAAUGCAGAUCAUAUACAGACUUUAGUCAAAAUGUGUUAA